AAGACUUCGAACUGACAAGCAGUGGCGCUCCUUCCCCCGUCAACGGCUUUGUCUUCUUCCUUUGCUCUCCUUCCCUCUCCCUUCUUCCUUCCCCAACCUCCCCUCCCCGUUCUGAAUUCCCAUCUCCUUCUUGCGUUUGCUUGUAUAUAUCACACACCAACACCCUUCAGAGGCUGCGAGGUCGGAAGAAAGAGGAGCCACCUUUGACUCCUCUCUCUAGUGGUUUUUGUGGGGAUUUCGGGUGGUACGAGAGGAUUAAUUAGUGGAUUUGUAUUCUUGGAGAGGCUGCUAGUUCUUGGAGAGUUUUUCCUUUUCUUGUCCUGAGAGAGAUUCAUGCCCAGGAGUUCACCCUGAGGAGCUGGUAUUGUUCUGUCUUCUGUCUGAGGGUUAGCGUGAGAGGAUCCACCUUUGAGUUGACCGGCCAGAAUUCUUGAAAGAAAUUUUGUUGGUUUUUGCGUGGAUCGGUCCUUAGGUUCGUUGAUGUUUGCUCAGUUCUACUAGUUGGAAGGGCGGCUGGGGCACCUUGUGUGGAGAGAAUUUUAGUGCUUCUCUGAAGAAGCGCGGGUUCAAAUUAGCCCCCUUCGUUUCUUGAUUUCUUUGGGGGGGAUUCGAUUUGCUUUCCUCGAGGGAGCUGCCUUCAGUCAUUCUUAUUUUUUGAUGGAUUGGAUAGUUUAUCCUCUGUAAAAGAAAACCACAAGCUUUGACUUUCAAUCAUUCUUGGGAGUUGGGACUGGGAAGGUUUGGAUUGGAAGGGGAUAUCUAUUGGUCCUCCUUUAUGGUAAACUCGAUCUAGAUUUCUUCUGUUGCCUCAGUUUCUUUUGGCACUCCCUGUGCUUUCUUGUGGAGGAGUGUGGCCUGUUUUCCCAAGAAUUUGAGAGAAAGGAGGGAACCCAGUAUUUUCUAAGAGGCCAAUGGCGCAACCACGCAUUCCCGCAUUUGGGGACUGGGAGAACAGCGAGGACGUCCCUUACACACAGAAGUUCGAGGGCGCACGGAAGAACAAGAAAACAGGCGUUUACUCCAAUCCAAAUGAGCCAGGACAUCAGCAGCCCGACCCCCCUCGCAGGUCACCGCUGAACCCAUCAGCAUAUACACCUGAGCCCCGAGAACAGGCUCCCAGGACUCCAUUACAUGGAAGAAGGUCUGGAGCCGACCCCCAUCACCGUGAACCCGCGCCACGAAGGCAUGCAAAUCCUCCGCGGGAGCAAGGGGGGAACGGUGGCAGCGCGCCCAGAAGCCCUUACAGAAAUGCUGCAGGUUCUGCUUCGCCAAUGCAGUCAAACAGUUCAGCAAAGCCGAGGAACAGGGCAGCUGGAAUGCACACUCCAGAGAGGAGGCCUUCGUCGGAAGCGCAGGGCCAGCAAACUCCUGGAAGGGGCAGGACGAGGCAGAGCAACCAAAGCUACAAUCCUGACGAUGAAGUGGCUGUUCCACCAUUUGGUGAGUGGGAUGAGGCGAACGCGGCAUCAGGCGAAAAGUAUACGGGUAUCUUCAACAGGGUGAGGGAUGAUAAACUAUCGCCCGACUCUUCUGCCAGGCAGCAGUCAUCUGGCAAUCGCAAAGACGAAAAUAAGGUGCAACAGACAUGUCCUUGCUGCAUACUUUGACAAAAUGGGAAUACGAUCACAGAGAGUUCUGAUAAACUUCCUGGGUUACUUGUGGAACAAAUUGUCGUUCUUCUGAAGAAUUUGUCAGCAAACUAUAUAUUCAUGUAUACUUUUCAUGCUUAUUAGUCAUUACUAUACUACUGGUGUGAGUGUGUACCUAUGAUUGCAUUGUUCUAUAAUUUAUGUUCUAUGCUUAUUUGGAACAUACAUAUGAUGCCAUUGAGAUGUGUGGAUUGUGAAGUAUGUAUGCCGUGAGCAGUUUUCCGUGUUUU